CUCAAAUGAGGUCCAAUGGGGUGAGCGCAAACUAGACCAGUGCAUUAGGCUAUCUAUUGCCGAUAUGGAGAGGAACGAAUCACUGCUGAUAGUCGCUUUAUACUUCUGGUCAGAUACUCUUAAUGCAUUUGUUUUUAGUCAUGGCCCUGCUUCCCCUACUCUCGUCGAUGUACUCAUGCUUACUGGUUUAGACAUAUCAUCUGCCGAUGAUGGCCAUCUAUAUGACCGUAAACCUGAGCGCAAAGUAGAAACCCGUAACAUCGGCGGUUGGUCAGGAUAUAUUCAGAAAUACCGAAGAACAGGGCCAGUCGGUCAGAGAGAGCAUGCCGUUUUCCUGAACAUGUGGUUAGAUAAAUUUGUUUUUUGUGGCUGAUCAGUAGGACUAACGUCUGUCUAUCUAUUGGCAGCAGAAAGACUGGCCGAUGGUGGCCGAUUUCCCCUUGGCCGAUACUUGCUUGGUGCUGCUUAUCAUCUUCUCCAUCAAUUAACUAAAAAACUCCUGUUAGGCCAACCCAUCGGCAACCUAGGAGGUCCUUGGUGGUUCAUCAACAUGUGGCUUAGUGUCCAUAUGCACAAACGCCUUGGAUUUGACCUUUUUGCACAGCGUUUCCCAAGAGAUAUCGCCGAAGACCACGAACUGGCUAACGAAGAAUCGGCAACUCGCCCACCCUUGAAUUACGGCGAGGCAGCUAUAGUCUUACCCGGUACUAGUGGUAAUGAAGACCAGGUCAGCCGAUUCUUCCAAACUCUUUAUGAGGGUCUCGCCAAAGAUCAACGGGCAUGGAUGCCUUACGAAGACAUAGAAACCAGAUUCCCACUGAUCUUUCAUCCUUUCAAUGACGCUCUUAAUAAAGAUACCGAUUUGAUGAUGGCGAUUAUCACACCAUGGGCCAUUCCAGUGAACACCUUUGGUAGUGGGAAGAGUUCCAAUCCCACCUAUGAAUUCUACAACCCAUCGGCACUAGCUCGUCAACUAGCUUUUGGGCAGCUGCCGAUUGGACUGAGUUAUGCCGAUCUAGUGAAACCAAGGGAAACCAUAACCAGUGGGCUCGAAUGGAUCAGGAUAGCCCAGCUCCCACCAAAUGCCAAUACGUCAGACAUUGAUCUAUCGGCCUGGAUCCUAGCCCUCUUCAUUACUCAAGCAUACAAACAGUGGUGGGAGGAGUAGAAAGAGCAUAUAUUCUGCACAUCGGCUCUCACAUACCGUGGUAUGAUCGACCCCAAGUACAAAAUCCCUGAAAACACUAUAACUCUUCAACCGAUGCUUCAAUCCUUUCAUUACUUUUAUCCUUAUCGGCAACUCACUUUCUCCCUUUUGAACAAAUCGACGACACACCACCGACAGUUAGCAGGAGCGGAAAGCCGAUCGAGCUCCUUCCAUCAGGCCCGAUUUCUCUGAUCGGCAACAAUGCACCAAGCUUGGCAGCUCUAAUGCACCGGAAUGUGCACUUUAAGAAGAUAACCACCAGGCGGUCAAAGGUAUCCCCAACGCUUGCCGCUGCCACAUUGGCACAAGCCUUCAAGGUAGACCUGUUGACUCCUCCAAUCUAUACCGAUUCCAUUCUAUACUUACACAAUCCUUUCAGGAUACAAGCCUUCAAGGUAGACCUGUUAACUUUUAUCUUUUAACAAGAUUUUCAUCAACAUUCUUUCAUAUUUAGACUCAUGGAAUCUUGCUUAUUGUAACAACAGGCUGGCAAAUCGGCAAAGACCAGAAGUGCCAAAGCAAGUACUGAUGCCCCCCAGUCCAGUCAAGUUAAGAGAAAAGGCCCCAAGAGCACCAAGUCAGGAGCAAAACGUCAGAAGACAGCACCGCCUUCUCCUCCUCAUCUAGUGUCAUCGAUUCAUGUGGAAUCGUCCCCUUCUUCACCAGAAGCCCAGACUCAGCAAGCAUCAUCUCCUCUUUAAUCAGCACCUCAGCUUCAAGAAACGCUAGCUGAUGUACUUGAGCAGAUUAUCGAUCCGGUAGAUCCAAUUAUGCCAUCGGUAGUUUCUUCAGGACAGACAAGCAUUGCACCCCCUCGAGAUAAAACUGACAUUGUUCCAUCGGCAACUCCAACCAAUCAACCUGUAGUACCAACAGCAUCAAUCGGCCAGAGGCGUGAGAUAGCUCUGAAGCAAGAACAGGACUCUCUAGAUAGCUUAUUUUUCUUCGCUAUUGAAAUUUCUGAUGAUGAAGGCGAGGAAGCAAGCUCUUCUCAAGAAAUAGGGAUCUCAUCGGCAGAAGUCAGAGCUAAGCUGGAGGAUCUACUGGCCCUGUUACACCAAGACACCGCUCAGUUGGUCGAUGACUCCGACCCAGCCAAAGCCCUGUUCAAGACUCUUCGUGGUCAAAUUCCAGCCGAUGCUGAGGAGAUUCUUUUCCGAGCUGCACACUUGGAGAGCCGUCAACUCUAAUACCAAAAGGCUACCCAGCGUAUUGCCGAUAGAGCCACCCAUGCCCAACUCUCAGAGGAAAUAAUGCAAGUGAAACGCCUCACCGAUGAGAAGCAUAAAAGCAUCGGCAUCCUGCAAUCCUCAGGAGAUGAAUUAAAGCAAAAGAUCUCUACCUUAUCGGCAAAAAGAGAGGCUUUGCUGGCUGAACUCAAACAAGUUGAAGAAGCCCUGACCCAAGCUCAACAAGAAGAAAGUCAACUGCCUGAGAUGCUCAAGACCCUGCAACAAGAAUGGAACAUCCAAGCCCGCAAGGCGCUGCAGAUGAAGAAGAAGCUGAAGCCAGUAGAGGGUUCUGCCGAUGAAGAGAUCCGGGAGAUAGAAGAAGCCGAUCAAAUCCGCCUGCGCACUAUAUCGGCCAUCCAAGCCCUGCUGAAUGUAUAAGUUCUUCAUCGGCAAUUUGCCUUGUCCUGUCUUUAAAACACCUCUAACUAUUCUAGUCUAGCCGAUAGGACUGUUAUCGGUAUCUUUUGAAACUCUAUGCAUGGCCCCAGAUACAUUUUAUCCA